AUGUACUGGGGUACUGGCUACCAAGAAGUAACAAGGGGAAGGGAAGGGAAGGCAAGUGAGAUAAUGUACGGGAUAAAAUGUACGGAAUUUAAGGACCAGACCAUGUACCGAGUAGGGACAAUGAAGGGGGUGCUUCGAGUAGAUGGAUGUACUGUAGCGAGGGUGGAUGAACGAGUGAUUAACUGA